GUGUGUUUUGUAAAUCCUCUGCUUUGCUUUGGCCUCUUCUUCUUCUUCUUGUAAGUUCCAUUCCUUCACUCUAUCUUUUUAGGUUAUAGUCUGAGGUUCGUAUCUUCAGCAAGACUUCGAUGUUUCGGUGCCCAAGAAACACAGAGUUAUUAUAGUCUGACACAUGCCUCAUCUAUUAGUUAUAAGAACAGAGCAGUGCUUUUCGGUUGAAAUUAGAUGACACUGUGGACUGAAUUCGUUAUUUUACAAACAUUUAUGUCAUAGACUUUGCUGUAACCCAAAUGCUAAAUGUGAUUUACACCUGUAGUUUGCAAAUAGUUCCUGCCCUCUCUCUCUGCACGCCCACACGUGUGUGGGUUUGGCAAGCUUUUCCCAAGACAUGCCACUAUGGUGGGGAAAGUCUUCGUCCAAAGAGGUGAAGAGGAAAGGAAACAGGGAAAAUAUUAUUGAUACAAUACAGCGGAAGUUAAAAAAUGCUUCUGAAGAAAAAUGCAACUGUAAGUUGGGAAGAUCAAGAAGACAUGAUAUUGACACUAUCUGCGUGAAGGAAUCUAGAUCCAUUGCACCUUUGCAAUCACCACUACCCUUGACACAUGUCUCCCGUUGUCAAAGUUUUGCAAAGCCACACCCAUUACCAGGCUCACACCUUGCUUCUUCUGGUGAUGCAAAUUCUGGAAUUAUUUUAACAUCAAAACUGGAAAGAGGCACAGAAUCUAAGCCAUCUCUAUAUUUUUCCCUUCCAAAACCUGGUUAUUUGUCUAACAAGGAAUAUCCUACAGAUGCGGAGGGAGAUAUAGCUACUGCAUCUGUCUCUAGUGACAGCUCAAUUGAUAGUGGUGAUUCAUUUGAUUCGCAUCUUGUUAGUCCUCUGGCAUCUGACUGUGAAAAUGGAAACAGAGUCACCAUUAGUAGUUCUUUCAGUGUGGUACAGGAGAAUCAAUCACUUAUUUCUUUUCAAAGGAACUCAAGAGCACCCUCAAAACCCGCUCCUCAAUUGUGCAAUAAUAAGCCUUUACCUACAACACCAAAAGGGGUUCCUUUACGUCCGCAGAAUCUGCAAAUAGCUUGCCCUAGUGGUCUGUGCAGUGCUCCAGAUAGUUCAAUGUCAAGUCCUUCUAGAAGUCCAAUGAGAGCAUUUGGUCCUGAGCAAAUGUUGAACUCUGGAUUACAGACAGUAAAGCCUUAUCCAGAUAGAGCUUCUGGGCACUGCUCUAGUCCAGGUUCUCGCCAUAUUUCUGCUCAUAGUCCAGUUGGUGGGAAUCCAUUGGGACAGAUGUUUUGGCCACAGAACAGGUGCAGCCCUGAGUGUUCUCCAAUACCUAGUCCCAGAAUGACAAGCCCUGGUCCCUGUUCCAGGAUACAGAGUGGUGCUGUAACCCCUCUGCAUCCACGAGCUGGAGGUGCUACAACAGAAUUGCCUGCAAGACAUCCUGACAAUGCAAAACAACAAACUUAUCAGUUACCACUUCCUCCAAUAACAGUCGCAAAAUCUUGUAUGCUUCCUCCAACCUAUUCUGCAUCCACAACACCCUCAGCCCCUCGUAGUCCUUCCAGAGCAGAAAAUCCAACAAGCCCAGUUUCAGGCUGGAAAAAGGGGCAGUUGCUUGGGAGGGGAACAUUUGGACAUGUAUAUCUUGGUUUUAACAGAGAAAGUGGUGAGAUGUGUGCAAUGAAGGAGGUAACCCUUUUCUCAGAUGAUGCUAAAUCAAGGGAAAGUGCCCAGCAACUUUGCCAAGAAAUUGCACUGCUGAGUCAGUUGCGGCAUCCAAAUAUUGUUCAGUAUUAUGGAUCUGAGACGGUAAAUGACAAACUUUAUAUAUACUUGGAGUAUGUCUCUGGUGGGUCAAUCUAUAAACUGGUUCAAGAAUAUGGCCAGUUAGGUGAAAUUGCUAUUCGUAAUUAUACUCGGCAAAUUCUGUCAGGACUUGCAUAUUUGCAUGCAAAGAACACUGUUCACAGGGACAUUAAAGGAGCAAAUAUAUUGGUGGACCCUAAUGGGCAGAUAAAAUUGGCAGAUUUUGGAAUGGCAAAGCAUAUAAGUGGGCAGUCUUGUCCAUUUUCUUUCAAAGGAAGUCCUUACUGGAUGGCACCUGAGGUUAUAAAAAAUUCAAAUGGUUGUAAUCUUGCUGUUGAUAUAUGGAGUCUUGGAUGCACUGUUUUGGAGAUGGCAACAACUAAACCUCCCUGGAGCCACUAUGAAGGGGUUGCUGCUAUGUUUAAGAUUGGGAACAGCAAGGAACUUCCUACAAUGCCAGAUCAACUGUCAGAAGAUGGAAAAAAUUUUGUCAGGCUUUGUUUGCAAAGGAAUCCUCUCAAUCGUCCCUCAGCUGCUCAACUUCUAGAGCAUCCAUUUGUUAAAAAUGCUAUACUGGAAAGAUCCAUUUUCACUGCUGAUUCUUCAGAAGCAACACAUGUUACAAAUGCAGUGAGAUCUUUGGCCUUUGGACCUGCCAAACGUAAUUUAUGUUUAGACUCAGAAGUGGCUGGUAUAUAUCUGCCUAGAAGCCUGAGAACUGACUCUAGAUCAAGUGAUGGACGUACACUAAGGAACAUCUCUUGCCCCGUUUCUCCCUCGGGGAGCCUACUUUUGCCUUCUAAAUCAUUGCAUACAAGUGGAAGGAUGUCUCCCUCUCCAAUAUCUACCCCUCAUCCUGCAUCUGGCUCGGCUACACCACUGGCCAGUAGUGGUGGUGCAAUACCAAUUCAUCAGACAAAGCAACCAAUAUUCUCAUUUGAAGCUGUGGGUAUGAUCCAAAAGUCGCAGAAUGGUUUUUUUUCAAAUGGAAGCACUGCUUAUCGGGGGUCUAAGCAUGAGCAGUUUUGGAGAAACUCGCAAAAUACACAUGCUUCCCGGGAUAUAGUUUCAUCUGAUAAUGAUACUCUUCCAAGCCAUACUGGGAAGACUUUCCAGGGAGACCCAAGAGAAUUUCGUGAUGAAAAGCCAUACUUGUCAGAUCGUGUUUCACAACAGCUGUUGAGGGAUUAUAUGCGGCUAAAUGCAUUCCUGGAUCUUAAGCCCAGUGCCCCAGUGCUCCGUCGUAUAAAUCGCUUAUGAUAUGCAUGUCAGUGAUGCAUAUAAAUUACCUUUAAAAUUUUGAAGGUUGGCAUAUUCGAGUAGUGUAAAAGCGCAUAAUCAUGGAAUAUGGCUAUAUUUGGAUAUUAGGCAAAAUGUCAGUUUUUGUUGCUGGGACGGUCUCAGAACUAAGUUCUGGUGUCCGCUUGCCCUUAGAGAUGCAACAUCCAGUCUCGGUCAUGCGUAAAACAUUUUUUUAGCACUUUUAAGGAGUCGUACAUUACCAACUUCACUGCUGUCACUGUUUUGUUGUUUUAUCAUCCUGGCUGAAAAAGGUGCUGGAACCAAAGCGGAUUAGAGACAAAUGUCUCUGUAUAUAUAUGAGAUAUCAACAAAGUUAUAGUUUAUUUGACCAAUGUUUUCCUC